CGUGAACUACAAGUAAUAGCUCCACCUACAUCACCAAACUAUCAAAUAAUGGACCAUUCCGCGAACAUGACAGGCACUUCUCUGCCUCCUGGCCUUAGAUUUCCAACCGGCUCAAUUCUUGGACAUCAUCUUAUAAUUUCAGGAACUUACCUCACAAAUCCUAGUCAAACUUUUAGUAUAUGGGCACUAAACCUUUCGAAUUUAGUGUGGACUCGAAUUGACACCGGUUCAUGCUUUUCUCAAGGUUCUUGGAAUCGCGGAGUUCUUUGUGAAACAAAUAACAAAUAUUUCGUACUAGGCCACCGUGAUAGAUCACUUGUAGACGACUAUAACCAUCGGCAAACCAAUUUUGAUCACGUAACGGUCGUGGACAUGGAAGCAUUUGGCAUUUACCAACCACCUCCUGCCACGAUGUCUCCGGUAUCACAAGAAUUAGGAUUGUCGAUGAUGAAUGAUCCAAACAUUGCGGAUUUUGAGAUCGUAACAUCGGAUGAUCAACGAAUACCAGUCAAUUCACAAUUGCUUUCUAGUAGGUGGCCGCAUUUCAAAGCGCUAGUUGAUCAACAUGCUGAAAGUGCUUCCAAACCAAAAUAUGACGAAGAAACGCAACGAAAUUCUGAUGAUGAACUAGUACUCAUGUAUCAUAACCGUGCUCUUGAAUUCCCUGAACCUUACGAAAUAACGAUAGCAUUUUUGCAGUAUCUAUACACUGAUCAUCUCCUUACCCCUCAACAACAUCAACCACAUAUUUUGGCACAACUAUUGCUUCUGGCGGAUAUGUAUGAUCUCAGUCGCCUUCGUCAAUUGGCGUCCCAUGCACUUCAUCAGUCACUUAGCAUGGCGACUGCUGCCCUAAUAUAUGAAACUGCUGCCUUAUCAAGGCAGAUUGGUUUGCAGAUACGAGCUCUCAAAGUUAUGAUUGCGGCGAAAAAAAUGGUUCAGCAGCGACAAGGUAAGGAGCAAUCAUCGUCUAGAAGUAUUGCAAAUGGCAACGGGCAAACAACGUCAAACCGCGUCUCCCUAUCAGAGCAAGAAUUUUCAAGUCCUCCACCAUCGGCAUUGCAAUCAGAUUUGAGGUCAUCCUAUUAUGACCCAUAUUCUCCGGCAGUAAAUUUACCAUCACAGUCAUCUCACACUACACGUUCGCGUUCAUCGUCUUCAGCCUCGGCUCUCAGUGGUACAAUACCGAAUCGUGGAUAUUUGCCAACUAUACAAGAUAACUCAGGAUCAAAUGAAUCAGGCGUAGUAAAUGCAAAUUCAUCACGUCCACGCUUGCGAUCCACGCAAUCAAGUAGUUCACUGAGGUCCGCUAAGAGUUUUGCAGGGAGUAGCAGUACCUUUGGAACUAGUGCUAUCCAUCAGCAAUCAAUUGCGACUGAUAAUCGAUCCUAUCAACAGGAUGCUGGAUUCGGAUAUGUAAGUGGGGGAAUGCCUGGAAUGGUUCAACUGUACGACCACGCUAGCGAUUGUCUGUAA